CUAUCAGGCUCGGAUUUGUUAUAUGCUGCUAGCCACUCCCGAAAUAUUUUCCAGGCAACUGCAAAAUCUCUCCAAGAAGUUCAUCUAGAGCCUCACUACCCACCUCGGUGCCGUCGCAGCUGAACACGUGUGCCAGUCUCUGAUCUCUUCCUGAUACCUUGUUGUCCACUGCGCUGCACGAGGACGACAAUCCGCGACCAUGGCUUCCAACGGCACUGCAUCAAACGAGAAGAACUUCUUCGAGGACUUCGGCGUCUGGAAGGAUGCGCCCGUCCUCAAGGGAAGCACCCAGUUUGAGCCGCUCCCCGAUGUCAAGAACAUCAUGAUCACGGGCGGCGCCGGCUUCAUCGCCUGCUGGCUCGUCCGCCACCUCACCCUGACCUACCCGGAUGCCUACAAUAUCGUCUCGUUCGACAAGCUCGACUACUGCUCCUCGCUGAACAACACGCGGGCUCUCAACGACAAGAAGAACUUCAGCUUCUACCAGGGCGAUAUCACAAACCCCGCCGAGGUCGGUGCCUGCCUGGAGCGCUACAACAUCGACACCAUCUUCCACUUCGCCGCCCAGUCGCAUGUCGACCUCAGCUUCGGUAACUCGUACGGCUUCACCCACACCAAUGUCUACGGCACCCAUGUCCUGCUGGAGAGCGCCAAGAAGUUCAAGAUAAAGCGCUUCAUCCAUAUCUCCACCGACGAGGUGUAUGGCGAGGUCAAGGAUGACGACGAUGACCUGCUCGAGACGAGCAUCCUCGCCCCCACGAACCCAUAUGCCGCCAGCAAGGCUGCCGCCGAGAUGCUGGUGCACUCUUACCAGAAGAGCUUCAAACUUCCCGUUAUCAUUGUCCGGAGCAACAACGUCUAUGGCCCGCAUCAGUACCCGGAGAAGAUCAUCCCCAAAUUCUCCAGCCUGCUCCAUCGUGGGCAGCCGGUUGUCCUCCACGGCGAUGGCAGUCCCACGCGCAGGUAUCUGUACGCAGGUGACGCGGCAGACGCGUUUGACACGAUCCUGCACAAGGGAGAGCUUGGCCAGGUCUACAACGUCGGUUCGUACGACGAGAUUUCCAACCUGGACCUGUGCGGUAAGCUUCUGGCAGAGCUUGGUAUCCCGCACGAGACUCCCGAGGAGUUCAAAAAAUGGGUCAAAUACACCCAUGACCGUCCCUUCAACGACCACCGGUACGCCGUAGACGGCACCAAGCUCAGGCAGCUCGGCUGGGACCAAAAGACCACCUUCGCCGAGGGUCUGAAGACCACUGUCCAGUGGUACAAGCUCUUUGGCGAGAAGUGGUGGGGUGAUAUCACCAAGGUCCUCAGCCCUUUCCCCGAGGUCCACGGCAAGGAGGUCGUGUCAGACAAGGAGCCCGUCAGCGACACUCCUCAGGAGCCCGUGGAGAAGAAGAGGAAAGUCGACGAGAUGACGGGUGUCAUGGCGUAAUAAAGCGGCCUCCGCAUCGCCAACUUGCGAAUGAGUUUCCUCUGCAACCGGCGGCACGGUUCUCGUAGGAGAUCGUUGUCGAAAAGAUUUGCCGAGGAACGGCUUCUUGCGAGCGCGCCCAUUGCUCGAACUAUUCACGAUAGAGGAAGAAAAAAAAAUCUGAUUGGCAAAUAAUGUAGAAGGCAGCACCAAGGGCUAGGAAAAAUGCAGCACCAUUUUGUUUGCAUUUUACCACACUUGCUUGUGCUACCUCAUCUAGCUAAUAUGACCUCAUGUUUGUUAUUCUUGCACGCGUUGAAAUCCCUAUUGGUGCAUCCUCGCAUACUGGGCGGCCCGUCCGUCCUACGUGCCGAUGAGCUUCCCCUGGAAACAAUGAACGAAU